AUAUUCGCCAUUAAAAAGCAGCCGACGCCGCCCCACGCAGCUUACACGGCUUCCUCUCCUAUAUCAUCAUCUUCUUCUUCUUCUUCUCAUUCAUUCAUCUGAAGGAUAUUUCAACAAUGACAACUGAAACCGGCAAGCAAUCGAUCUACUUCACCGACUCCGACGAGAUCAAAAAAGUCUUCAACCGCUUCGACACCAACGGGGAUGGCAAAAUCUCUGCCCACGAGCUUCUACAGGUCAUGAAAGCGAUCGGAUCCGAAAUCUCCGACGAAGAAGUGAAGCAAAUGAUGACGAACAUCGACACAGACUGUGACGGAUUCAUAAACCUCGAGGAGUUCGAGGGGUUCUUCAAAGGAAAUGCGGGUGAUGAGGACGAAGGAAUGAAGGAGCUUCAUGAAGCGUUUGAGUUGUACGAUUUGAACAAGAACGGGUUGAUAUCGUCGACUGAGUUGCACCAGAUUCUGACUCGGUUGGGGGAGGGGUGUACGGUUGAGGAUUGUGUGAAGAUGAUCAAAUCGGUUGAUUCUGAUGGUGAUGGGUAUGUUAAUUUUGAGGAGUUUAAGAAGAUGAUGAUGAAGAGUUAGUUCAUUUAAUUGUGGUGGUGUAGUUUAGCUUGUUUCUUGUUUGAUUUUUCUAGCUUUUUGUCAAAAUUGGUACUCAGAGACUUUAUCAUUAAACAAAAACGACAAGAAACAAAUCUCAGACGCAACACACUCUUCAAACUCUAAGACUCGAAUCAUCAACAUGACGAACGGACUUCAAUCUUUUACACAAUCUACACGGGUUAAACACUAUAAACCCUAGAUUUAUAAGAACUAUACAGAGUGCUAGAGAGAGACGAAAGAGAAUUGUGACACUAUCUAAUGUUGAGAGAUACUCAACAAAAAAACUCUAACCCUAACCACAACAUACUUAUAGAGACCCACGACCCGACUUGACCCACAUGAAAUAACACGCGAUAUGGGCCUAAUUAACAUACACGGGUAAUGGACUUAACAUAUGACCUAAAGUUGAUAACUUGAAACGUGAACCCUGUGUUGAUGGAUGCGUCGGGCUAGCCCAGUAGUUCUAUGGAGCCCAACCUUUAAAUGUCCAGCAGUGUAUAGCAACCCAUAUGAAUGUCUUAUCAAGCAGCCCAUAUCCUUGUUGAGAAGCCCAUGAUCCAUAUACAUGUUACACACAAAAAAAUAUAACAAACAUUAUAAACUUUAUAAUAUCCAAGUGUAAGGUAUUAAAUUGUUAAUGUUAAAUCAUUUAACAUUUUCAACACCCCCCCACAAUUUAAUACCCAAGUUGAUCAAACAUGUUGAACUUCUUACAAAAAUCAUUGUCUUGACCCACUACCUAACCUUAGGCAUAUGGAAAAUAAAGACAAUAAUCAGAUGUAAACAAGAAAAACAACAAACUAAGUACUUUGUCAUGGAUUUGCUUGACAAAUAAACAAGUUUUAUCUAACCAAUAAACAACUCUCAACAAUAUAAUACAGCUCACAUAUAGAUCAUCAACAAGAUCACCUACUCUCACAAAAUACUCAAUCUAACAGGUAAACAAACAAAUAUGCUCAAACCCUAGAAACGAAUCAGAGAGAGACUGCACAAUAACCCUAACACUAAUGUAGGAAUACCAUUGAGAGAAAGGACUGGAAAAAACUUGACUCAAAAAGUUAACAGCUUAAAAGAAUCAAAAAAAGAUAAAACUUGACACCCCCGAUACUACAUCGCACAACAUAUUUCAUAGCCAAAGAAUCUCACACAAGAAACACCAAGGCUGUAAAGAGUCCCAAAACAUCCAGAGCAACAAAUAUGGAAGCAUACAUUACAGCUGACAAGAUUACAAAACUAGACCACUGUGACAAUGUGACAUGAGAUGCAAACACAAUAACAACUCAAAAACACAAGAUCCUCCAAUCACAAACAAAGAAUCUUCCAAUUUUAAAAAACACACAAUUGAGUAACUAUAUGUUAUUUUUACAAGACAUCUUUCAUGAACCACAUAAUCAUAUGACACAUAACAUAAUCAGAUGUACAUAUAAAGUCAUCUUAAAAUUUAGUAUCAAAGUACCGUUUGAAAUGCUCAAAAAACUUAACUAAACCAGAACACACUCACAAAACGACACAAAAGAUCUUUACAGAAACUCUACGGAUUAGACUAGACCAUCAAUAUAAUGAUCUGAGACAGAACCUACAAGAUCUAACAAGUUCAACAUACAAAAAAACUCAAGAUCUCAGAUUUACUCCAGAGACAUCUAAAGAAAAUACAGUGAAGGUGAACGUAACUGAUCUAAUACUCUAACAAAUCAUUAACACAACGAUCUGACUACAAAGACAACAUCAGAUCUAACAGAUUGGCUAUACAAUACACCCUAGAUAUACGAUGUGCCUCACAACAAACAAUGAAUCACACAAUUCAACAAACAAGUCUGCAUAUAACACGAAGCACACACUUCUAUACCAGACCGCAAUUAUAGCCUACAUAAACUCCGGCAAAAUACAAAAUCGCAUGAUUUUAUAACCAGACAAUUAUCUCUUACACAAGAGAAAAAAAUACAAGACUAUCAUCACAAACAUUCAAUCAUGUAAAGAACAAGUCUAGAAAAAAUCAGAUCAACAACACGAAGAACUGAUAGAACCAACACUACGAUCUAAUGGGACUAGACUCAACAACACAAAGAAUCUACAAACGACCCUAGACCAGUGAGGAAAGAAAAAAAAAACAAACAUCACCUAGACCAGUGAACUAACAUCACUACGAUCGGCGAAGACAUCUCAAAGAGACAAAUAAGAUCACCAACUCGAUGAUCCUACACAAACCUCACUACGGUUAGACUCAAAAACAUGAAAAAUCCUAGACCAGUGAGAUAAAGGCAAACACUAUCAAAGAAUACAUCUUCAAGAUAGUAUAACAUUUACAAGAAAAAUAAUCACGUUGCGAUUCCAAUAACCAAAGGAAUACAUGAUUGAUCAAGGGUCAACAGAUGUGUUAUCAGAUAACGAAGCCUAAAACAAGACUUGUGAGGAACAUAAAGACUAAUUUGACCCAAGCAAAAACUUUUACAACCCCACAACAAAUACUGAAUCACAGGAUUCACGACACAAGCCUGAUAACAACUAGUAUAUUAUGAUCUACAUCCGGAAAAAAACAGCCAAACACAUUCUAUUUGAACACCAAAUCACACAAUUUACCACCAGAAAGCUCACAAGAGACAACAUAUAAGGCUGUUAAAACUUAAAACAUUCAAGAAUACACUUGAAGAACUGGUUAAAAAACAUGUGAACCACACAGUUCAACAAACCAGAAAACCAAAAUCCUAUAAUCAUGACAAUAAGACAUCAACAUCAGGCAAACCAAAUAUGACAGAUUAAUAAAUUCAACAACUUUUGUAGUAUUAGACAACAUAUCAAAAUACACAUUUUAUUAACCAAACAUAUGCAGUAUGCACACAAAGAGAUACAACAUAUGGCACAUUACAGCUUGUAUUGUUGUUGACCAACACAUUCCCUACCUUAUAAGAUCAAGCAAUCGUGAAACAUAACCAAAAGGAAGUACUUCACGAAUACAAACAAAUAAAGACAAGUACAUAAGGCUCGCUAUACCCGCUCCAAGCACCUCUUUUUUAAAACCCCAAAAAUUUACAGUAAACUUCACAGAUCAUUUGAAAAGAAGAAUACAUAUAAUAUGGCAGUUUUUUUGUAUAAACGGUAAACCAAAUCGUUCACUACAAUUUGAAAUUUUUGAACCGACCGACUAAAAAAAACGGCCCGUAAAACCAAAUUAAUGAUCUUUUUAAACAUUUUUCACGAUUUAAAACGAAACUUAUUGACACACAGGUCUUGUACAAAAAUAAAACCAUAUCAUUCUUAAAGACCAAACAAGAUAUCUAACUCAGUAGAUUCCAUUUUAAGUAGCUUAACACCAGUGAACAAGAAUUAAAAAGUGAGUGCACAAAGUGCAAGAAAUCUUGAUAUAAUUCAAAUUUUAGAACAUGGAAUCUAAAAAAACGAGACAUAUAGUUUACCUAUGUGACAAGUCAAUAAUGAAAAAGACAUCUGAGAGAACUUUUUACCAUUAUCAAAAAAAGAAAAAAACUUAUUAACCAAACAAAAUCUAAUAUUAGACUACGGGCAUGAACACCAUGAUUAUAACCAAACUAAUCCAAACCACAAUAAGAAGCAAAUAAAGAUGACCAAAAAAACAAAAAACAAUAACAGAUUUGAGAUACAUCACAAUAAAGAAUUUCAAACCACACAUGAUCAAGCAUAACAAAAAAAUCUAUAGAAGUGCAUCACAUGUCACGUUUGAAGGAAAAGACAAGUAAUAAAUGCACAUAGAUAAUGCCCAAAUACAAUAA